CCUUCUGGACAAAAGCCUAUCCGCUCAUUGGCUGCAAUGUGCAAGGAAGGCGGGCGACAAGACAAUGACGACGACGACGACGACGACGCGCCCAACUCCAACAUGGCGCUGCCAGACGCCUCCGCUAACCGAUGCCAAGCUUGCGUGUGCCAGAGGAGGAGGAAAUAGGAAUCGGCGGGCCAAUCAGAGACUUUGAGGGCGUUGACGAGUUCGCUGUCGCCACAGUCGAGCGUCGAGAUUCCGGGCUGACUCGCUCGCGGAAGGGCCGUGAUGGUGGCGCCGCUGAGAGCGCGGCUUCUGCCGCUGUUGGUGGUGCUGACGGGAACCGGCCUGGCGUGGGGCUGGGCGGAGCACGAGAGAAUCUUGUUGAGAGAAAUCCAGGCUCUCACGCUCUACGCAGGCAAGCACACGAAUUAUCGGAGGACGUCUCCAGUUCCUCAGCUGCAGUGCACUGGAGGUUCAGCUGGAUGCAGUGCAUACGCACCUGAGGUUGUCCAGUGUUACAACAAAGGCUGGGAUGGCUAUGAUGUACAGUGGGAGUGUAAAGCACAGAUGGAUGUUUCAUAUCGCUUUGGAAAAAUCGAAGUAAGCUGUGAAGGCUACGAUUACCCAGAUGACCCUUACAUAUUAAAAGGAUCGUGUGGGUUGGAGUACACAUUAGAGUUAACUAAGAAUGGACAGCAUGAUAAAACUAACUUCUUUGGUGGGAACCAUUACUCCACAACUUCUCAUGAUGCAUUAGGUUCAGGUGCUGGACUGGUGCUUCUAAUAGUAUUUGCAGUCCUUGUUUUCGGUGUCUAUAAGAUGUUCCUCUGUGAUAACCGGCCACAACAUGGUUUCUCUUCUGAUGCUGGGCAUUCAGGAACCAGUUGGCAAGAUCAUCAAAGACCACCUCCACCAGGAUUUAAAUCAGAUGGGCCAGCUUAUCAAAGCCCACCUCCACCAGGUUUUAAGUCAAACUUCACAGGUGCUUACGGUUCCAGUUCUGACUCAAAUUCAAGACCAGGUUUCUGGACUGGAUUAGGUGCUGGAGGGCUAUUGGGAUACUUGGUUGGCAACCGAAGGUCACCUUCGUAUCACUCAUAUGCUCCUCACUACAACACAUGGGCUAAUCCAACUGCUCCACCUGCAUUUGGUACUUCAAAUAACUCUUCAACAUUUCAUAAUUCAGGGACAAGGUCUACCUCUGGUUUUGGAGGCACAAAAAGAAGAUGAACCUCUGCUUCAGCAAGAGAAUAAAAGCAACAUUCCAGCAAUUCAGAAAUCUGUUUAAGCCUGUUUCAAGGAUUUGUAACUGUCUAAUCCUGGAUUCACUCACACAUACUUAUAUUUCAAUUUUUAAAAAUAAUGUAGCUAAUAUUGAGGCUUAAAGAGAUAAUGUUUUGUUUAGUAGUGUAGAAAGGAAAAUGGAAAAAGGCAAAUUCAGUCUGAAAUCAUUAACACCUUUUUUACUGUUUAGAAUAAUUUGGCCAGGUAAUACUGCCUUAACAAUUGAUACCUAGUAAAAUUCCCUCCUCUCCACAACUAUUAAAGGUGCAGAAGCUUGUCAUGGUUGCAUCUGGCUAUCCUAAUGAUACUCCACUGACUGUACAUACUAAUCUGCAUCUUGUUCUCCAUUAAGAACACACCCAGCCAGUUCAGUGGGACUUGGAUGAGAAUUAGACCAUGCUGCACAUUCAGAUGCACAUCUGCAUCCAUGUCAACUACUCAGAAAAUGGCUUUGCUGCAAGAAUCUCUCUUGCUUGACAAGAUGUUACUUGUUCAGCGAGACAGGAUAUUGGUGACAUAGCAUUCUUUUCUUUCAUUGGUAAACAGUCUUUUUAUUCAGACAGGCUUCUUUCCCAGUCUUUGUUAAACAUUGUGGGUGAUGUUUUGACUCUCCUUCCUCCUCUGGGAAAAAACAGUCCCAGAAUGUUUGCAUUUUAAACUUGUGAAAAUAAAGUCAUGCUUUGGUGUUAA